UGUCCCUGGAGCUAUGUAUCAUCCAAUUUGUUUUUCGCAAUACUUUGUAAAUAAAGAGAAUGUAAGAUCAUUUAAUAAUAUAUUAAAUUCAAAGUUAUUGAAAAGUGUAAAUAAUGAUCUGUUUCUUCGGAAUAUAUUUGAAGAAGAAAAAUUGGUUUGCGAAAUAUCAACUGAACUCAAAGAAAUAAUAUCAGAAGUAAGACAGAAUAUCAAAAGUUACAGUAAACAUGAUUUUAAGAACUAUCUCGUAGUGUGUGAAGAUACUCGACGAGGUUUGCAGAUAGUUGAUAAAUCAGAUGUUUUGUCAAGUUGCUGUACCGUACUAUACAUGAUAAUACCUGAAAAAUUUUAUGGAAACAUACAUAAUAAGAACAUUUUUAACAACUGUACAAAAAUCAUAGUAUACAGCAUGAAACAUCAAUGUUUAUUUCUUGAUAAAAUGAUUAGUAAAUGGGAUCUGUCCAAAUUUCCUUGGAGUACUGUAAAUACUACAUUAUGUUCUAAAAUACUCUACCGCAUUCUUUAUUGGAUCUUUAAAAUUAUUUUAUCAUCAAUCAUAUCCUUGAACUAUUAUGUCACAGCAUGUAAAUUAAACAAUGAUGACAAUAAGUUGUAUUAUUUUUUAAAAAAUCAAUGGCAAAGAUUCUUUGAUAUACAAUUAUCGAAAAUGGUAAUAGCAAAGGUUUUAAAAAAAAUUGAACCAUAUUGUUUGGGCAAAAAAAUUAGAAAUAAAUAUAGCUCUGAAGAAAGAUUGAAAUUGAAAAUAAUAAAAAAAAGCAUCUUUAAAUUACAUUUAAUUUUGAAACCUAAUAAUGAUUACAGACCAAUCGUACGUUAUAAAAAUGAAGCUUUAAACUCAUCUGAAAAAUAUAAAAUUAAGGAGAGAUUGAGUUUUCUUCACACGCUGACUGGCAAAAGUUAUGAAAAAAUCGAAAAUCAAUUUUCAUCCCUAUAUUCAUUAUGGAAGAAAAAUAAACAACCUAAAUUAUAUUUUGUUAAAACAGAUUUAUCUAAUGCUUUUGGAUCAAUUAAUAAAGAUAAGCUUUUGAUGGUCCUACAUGAGCAUUAUUUAGAAUUUCUAAAAUCAGAUAAAUCUUCUUUUAUCAAAAAUAAAUUUGCUCAACUUUACAGAGAAAUGGUAACUGAGCUUAAAAGUCCACUUUUGAUCCGUGCAGGUUCUACAAUUUAUGAAUGGAAAAAAGGAUUAGUGCAAGGAUAUAAAUAUUCACCAGCAUUGUGUGAAUUAUACUACUCAUAUUUAGACAAGAUUUAUUUUAAAGAGUAUUUUAAAAAACACAGUAAUGACAUGAAACUAUUUAUCAGAGUUGUUGAUGACUAUUUGUACAUUACCGACACUUUAGAAGAUGCACAAUCAUUUUUAAAGGCUUUAACUAACUAUAGAAAUGUAAACUUUACAAAAACAUUUGUCAAUUUUCAACAUCCAACAAUUAAAUUUAGUGAAGACAUAACUUUUCUCGGAUAUUCCUACAACACUGUUAACUUGGAAGUGAGUAGAGCUAGUACUGUGUUUGCUGGAUAUAUGUGUUAUAAAAUUUGUUUUUCACCAGCAGUCUCUAAUUUAGCCAAGUUUAUUGAAAACAGGAUUGAACAGUCUGGAAUUCCAGUCAACAGACAAAUUUUUAAUUUUAACCACAACAAUGAAGAAUCAAUAUGGCAUCAUAUUUUUAUAACAUUUUGUUUGUCAGCUAAUAAAUUUUGUACAAUUUUAGCUAUUUAUUGUGAUGAGAAACAGAUGCCGCAGUAUUUAGUAGUGUAUAAGACUAAGGUUGCUGUUAAACUUUGUAACAGUAUUUUAGACACUUUGAAAAAAUAUCAAUCUCCAGACUUUAUUUUCAAAUAUUGUAUAAAUCAUUUUCGUUAUUUAGCCUACAAAGCUCUGUUGUUAUGUGCACAGCAAACACCAAAGUGUAAUGUCUUGGUUCCAUAUGUAAAUAUUGAAGUGGCCAAGACUAAUUGUAUUAAUGGAAAAUGGCGUGAACAUUCUAGCAAAAUAUGUAAAAGUGGAAAAAGUCUAAUGCCAGCAUGUAGACAAGUAUGUAAAAGAGCUGAUCUUAAGAUAAUUAUGAAAAGUUUUGGUGUUUUACCAGUAGGUGUUCAAUGUUUUAAUCAUAAACUAUUUUACAAUGAAUUUUUGAAAUAAAAUGACUAUUUAUUUGAAA